GUAACCUGCAGCUGCCAUUCAACACACAUCAGCCCAGAGAGGAGAGGAGGCGUCGCGCUGCAGACUGAGUAGAUGUUUUGUGGAGGUCUGUCCUCUCCAGCUACGUCUGUCCGACACGAUGACUUCCUGUCAGGAGUUCGAGGUGACGGUCCACACCUCACCUGGUCCCACCUGUGGAACCUUCAGCCACCUGUGGCUCACUCUGAUUGGCUCGGAUGGGGAGACUCAGCGCGUCAGCGUGAACGAGGGCGAGCGUCAUCUCCUGCCCGGAUCGUCGUGUCCGGUUCGGGUCCAGGUCAACGGGCCUCUGGGUUGUCUGGUUCUGAUCCGGCUUCAUCUGGAGCCGCGGACCGGUUUCCCCGAUCUGGACUGGCACUGCAGCCGGGUGGAGGUUCGCAGACUGGCUGAGGAGGGUGGGCGAGGUGGGAAGACGCCUGAGGAACCAGAAGUUCAGGUGUUCCUGUGUGACAGGUGGCUGCAGACAGCAGAUGGGGACGUGGAGCUGCGGAGUGGAAAGUUGUGUUUGCUGAAGGACGAGACAGAAGAGAAACUGAAGCAGCACAGACUCAGACAGCUGCAACACCAACAGAAGAUCAUCAGAUGGCGUAAGUUCAUCGAGGGAACUCCGCAGUGCAUUGACCUGAACAAAAUGUCUGAACUCGGGCCGAACCUCAGCUACACACAGAAGAGUCCAGCCGCCAACCUGCACUACCUGAAAGGCUUCAUGGGCCGAGCGGAGGCCUGGACGAGUUUCACGGAGCUGGAGGCGGUUUUUGCUCACAGCGGACACGAGAACGACAUCGCCAGGUUCGUUAAGGCUCACUGGAUGGAGGACUGGUAUUUUGGCCACCAGUGUCUGAACGGCUGCAACCCUCUGAUGCUGCAUCAGACCCACCACCUCCCUCCAAACCUGUCCGUCACCUCCGACAUGCUCCGCCCCUUCCUGCCCGAAGGCUCCUCCCUCGAGCUGGAGCUACAGAAAGGGACCGUUUACCUGCUGGACUACGAGGUUUUGGACGGCGUUCCGGCCAACAUGAUCAACGGGAAGCAGUCGUAUCUGUCUGCGCCGCUGUGCCUCCUCCACCUGAACCAGCAGGGACAGCUGCUCCCCAUCGCCAUCCAGUUGCAACAGACACCCGGUCCUCAGAACCCGGUCUUCCUGCCCUCUGACGGGGGCUGUGAUUGGCUGCUGGCUAAGAUGUGGGUCCACUGCGCAGACUUCCAGUGUCACCAGUUGGCCUCCCACUACCUGAGGACUCACAUGAUGGGCGAGCUGUGCUGCGUGGCCACGCUGCGACAGCUGCCGGAGCCGCACCCGCUGCACCAGCUGCUGAUGCCACAUGUGCGGACGUCCCUACAGAUCAACUUACAGGCCAGAGCCUCGCUGCUGGCCGCCGGCGGCGUGUUUGAUAAGGGGGUCGGCUCUGGUCUGCAGUCGUUACCCGUUCUCCUCACCCGGGCGUCGGAGAGGAUUUAUUAUCGAUGUCUGUGCGUCCCAGACGACUUGACGGACCGCGCUUUGGACAAACUGCCACAGAGCUACUACGCCCAGGAUGCACUGAGAGUGUGGGAUGCGCUGCACAAGUUUGUGUGCAGCUGGGUGGACCUGUACUACAGUGGAGACGAUGAGGUCCAACAGGACUCUGAGCUUCAACUCUGGAUCACCGACAUCAACACACACGGAUUCACACACGACUCAGGCUUCCCUCAGUCCUUCCAGACCAAAUCACAAGUGUCCAAGUUUGUCACCAUGAUCGUCUUCUCCUGUUCGGCUCUGCACGCAGCCGUCAACUUCUCCCAGCUGGACUUUGCCCUCUGGAUGCCGAACUGUCCGGCCUCCAUGUCGUGUCCUCCUCCGCAGGUCAAAGGCGCGGUGACGGAGGACGACAUCAUGUCCUUCCUGCCAGACGUGAACUCAAGCUGUCGUGUCCUGACGGUGCUGACUCUACUGUCGCAGCCUGCCACCAACUUUGUUCGUCUGUGUCACUACAAGGAGGCGGUCUUCAGAGAGGACGCCCACCGCAGGCUGGUGGAGGAGGUGCAGGCUGAACUCAAGGCUAUUUCGGAUGAAAUCACAGAGCGCAACAGCCAACUGGAGCUGCCAUAUCCGUACCUCUGUCCCGAAGGCAUCGAGAACAGCGUUGCCAUCUGAUGAAACUCCAGUGUGUGAUUAUCAGUGAUUUCCGUUGUUAUUUUACUGAUUAAUCAGGGUCUUUUUAUUGUUUAAACCUUCUACUCGCCUGCUUUUUAAAAAGGAAUUAAUUUUACUUCUUCGCUGACACGAGUAUAUUUGAUUUAAACCUUCUGAGGAAACAAUGAUUCUUUCUAUAAAAAUCAACCUGCUGGUUGAAACAAUACAGUCAGAGCUACGUUGUUACUGAAACUUUCUUAAUUAAACUGCCUGCAGAUUCAUUUUCUGUUUCAUCCUCGGUGGCGAGUGUCAAAUCUGGAAAAUAGAUUUCUAUGGUCAUAAACUGAAACCAAAAGCUAAUCAAAAACUUCUUUACCUUCUUUACCCUUCUCAGCAACUACUGUUCUGCAUUGAAUAGCACUAUAUAUGUGUGUGUAUCAGCUGACUCAAAAACAGCUGAAACAAUUCCAUCAAAUUAAAUAAACAACAAAAGCAAUGACAUAUUCUGCCUGUGAAUGAAAACUUCUGGUAGUUAAAUACAUACACGUUCAGCAGCAUCGACAGCUCAGCAUACAAACAAUCCCAACAAUUCUUUUAAUUAAAUAAUUAUUAUUACUGGACUACGGUUGUCCUCAGACGGGUCAGUGAUCGCUCAGGUCUCAGCAAAGCAGCAAGCGCCCACUAGAGUGCAGUGCGUCAUUUUUGAAUGAAGUAACCACAGCUCGCCAGUUUUUAAUAAUAUACAAUAAAAGGUGUGACUUGUGGUAGUAAAACUGAAGUUAGACACAGGUCUCCUUUACUAGCCAGAUGUCUCAAUUAGAGGCCUGGAUUUGAUGUAAAAAAACUUCUUGAAGCUUGAGCGAGUUCUAAGCUACUUAGAUCGCCUACACAAAUAUAAAUGUUUAGGCUUUAUACCCUUGAAGCGGUCAUGAAGUCCAAAAAAGUGUCCAAUCCUCAAUUAUUUAUAAUCUUUAUUUAUAAUCUUUAGUCCGUAAUGUUUCGUUUCCACCAAAAGCAAAGCAAAUAUUCGCCCUGCGUUAGUCGUGUUGGUUUACCUGCAGGAUCAUUUGUAUUUGAGGUAAUUAUUUGCCCUUUAAUCUGGCUUGCAACUGCGGUAUGAGCCCAAAAUAAUCAGAUGUUGCUGUGAUUUAAUAUCAAUAAAAGGCUGAAAUCACAACAUCAUGAUGGUGAUUUGUAAAAUGUCCAAGUUGUAAAUAUUGGGAUGUGAAGCCUGCUGCUCUGCUAACUCUCUCUUCUUCCUGCUGUUGUUUGGUACGUGUGUUUAUUACCUUGUGGCUACAACAUCUAAUUAAGCUGCUGGUAUUUUUGAUACGUGGCUCUCUCUCGAUCAAAUGAAUGAUUGGUAACGGAUAUAUUUUUGUAGAAGUGAUAUUCAUAAAUAAAUAAACAUUCUGAUAGUGUUGUCAAUCUCCUGAAAUAAAGGAAACAGAACGUUGUGGUUUUGUUAUUUGACAUUAUAUUAAGACAUUGAAUUAUUACAUUAAACAUGUCGAUGUUAAAGUGUUGAAAGCUAUUGAUACUGAUUGUGAAGAGAUUGAUAAUAACACUGAAAUAAAAGGUGAAUUCGGCAACUUCUUCCUCCUGUGUGAUAAACAUCUUUCACCUCGACUGUCCCUUUAAAUAAUACAGAAAUAUAAUAAUACGUCACAUUAAAUAUUUCACUCUGUACAA